AUGUAUGUGAAAUGCUUUGAUACAGUAAUGUUUUACUAUGUGAUUUUAGUGAAUUUAGUGAAUGUCACUUUUUGUCAUUUUCAAAUUUGCCGCCAUUCCGUCCCCCGUACGUCCCGACUUCGCAGGGGACGGAACCCAGAAGACAGAUGCCGGCAUCCGCCGGAGGACAUUACAGGGGACACUGCAGGAGGGACAUCGCGGGAGCGCAGGACAAGGUAAGAGAAGAACAGAUCCCAAAGCAGUGCCGCAUGGUAUUCCCGAGUGUAGCUCAGGGUUACCGCUUGUGCUACACUCGGGAAUACCGCCAGGGAGGUUA